GUGAGACUAACCUUAAACUGGUGGGUUUUCAAAUAGUCAGGUCUUGGAAACGUAUGCUUCCAAGACCUGUGUGGAUAAGCCGGACCUCAUAGGAAGCCUGAAGGUAGUGUACACUAAUAUACGUAGUAUCGGGAACAAAUUUCAUGAGCUAGGUGUAUUAGUGGAAGACCUUAGCCCAAGUAUUGUGGCCAUUACUGAAACAUGGCUGAUUUCUGGAUUAGAUGACACACCUGAGCUAUGCGGAUUUAGUUGCUUGCGCAGCGACAGGGUUAAGGGUCGUAGAGGUGGCGGGGUUGCUCUGUACAUCAACAACUCCCUACAUGUUCGUUCCGUGAAAUCUGAAGCGCAUGACAGUGGGACAAGUGAGGUAAUUAGCUGUGAAUUAAGCUUUGCAACUGGCACUUUACUCAUUGGUGUUCUGUAUAGAAGUCCCUUUUGUCAGUGUGAUGACUUUAUUUUAGAUCACCUCAAACAAUGGAGUAAACACAGUAGCUGUCUUAUUCUAGGUGACUUUAAUGCACCUCAUAUAGACUGGAUAGCUGGCACAUCUCCAGGAUCCACUAAUAAGUUUGACAGCCGGUUACUCUUGACUACCAUGGAAAAUGCCCUGACACAACAUGUCUUAGGUAGUACAAGAUUCGGUUCUACCCAAGGAUCUUCCUUGCUGGACUUAGUGCUUACUCAUGACAACGACGACGUGGAUGGUCUAGUUAUUCAUCCACCUCUAGCAAACAGUGAUCAUGGGGUGUUAGAUUUUAACUUAAGGGUUGGCAAUUUAGUCAGUUUUCAACCCAAAUCCCGACCUAGUGUUUGGCAUGCUGACAUAGUCGCUAUAAAGGAGCGUGCUUCAACUGCCGACUGGUCAGUCAAUAUUGUCUCAUCCAUUGAAGAUGAAUGGGAUAGAUUUAAGAAUACACUUGAGAGGGUUACCACUGAUUUCAUUCCCUGGAGGGUUCCUAAAAGACCAACAAACCGGCCACCAUGGAUAAAUAGACAAGCUAUAACACUCCUAAGACGGAGAAAAAGGUUCUGGAAUCUCUUUGUUUCUACUGGGCUACAGCAGUUCCGGCUGAAAUACUGUGAAACCAGAAACCAGUGUAAAACUUUGAUUCACCAGUCAAGGAUAGCUUACGAAACCCAGUUAGUUAAAAGUUCACCAGGCUGCCCAAAAAGACUCUUCUCAUAUAUCAAGAGAAGAACACGUAAGAGUGAUGCUAUCCCACCUCUUAUGCUUGAAGAUGACCAGACAAACAUGGCUGAGGAUAACUUGACUAAGGCUGAGGCUUUGUCCAAGCACUUUAGUCAAGUAUUCUCUGAUAAUAUUGAUACCAGCUUUGUAACUUUUCCAGAAGGUAACUUGAAAAUGGCACCCUUAUACAUUGGAAAGGAUACUGUCCUAAAGUG